GUGCCUUUUGUUCAAUUCCCUAUCUUGCCGCAACUGAUUGGCAAAAAAAAGAAAAAUACCGACCAUAAAGGAAAAGCUUACUAAAAUAAAUUUUUUACCUUUUCGACCACUAGACGUGGAAAUUACAGUUCGUUGUACAUUCAUAGGAAACGCCAACCUUUGAUUCCAGAAAAUGUCGGUGUUUCACCUGGGAAUCGUUUGUGCAUGCGUCCCGUGGUUUUACGGUCCGUAUGGGCAGCAAUCUUUGCAACUGGCGCAGUACUUGUACGAUACCUACCAGUACCAAAUCUCGUGGUUCGUGUACGAGUCGCAGCCGCUGCCGCAGGACAAGAUGGACAAGUACCCCUGGGUCCGGUUUCAUCGGAUCGGUAAGGCACCUUGGAUCUACAUUUCGGAGCUGAACGCCGAGUUCCGAAAAGCAAGUGCAGUUGCGUCUUCUAGUACUUCUAUUUCGGCGAAGAAAAGCCCACCGGCUUCAUCCGGCAAGGGCCGGAAGAACAAGAACGGGGAACUACAAGCUCGAACAACGUUGCCGCCAACUUGGGAAAAAAAGAAAAUUGAUGCUUUUGUCACGAUGAUGGACAUGAACCGGAUUUUUGUGGACGAGCCCUUCGAGCCGGUGGCCGUGUCCUUAUGCAUUGCAAAUAUGUCUGGGUCUGGAAGGUUGCAACUUGUCAUGCUACAUCUGGAUCGUGCAAAAAUUUGUGUUGCAUGAUUACCAAAAGAGGUCCACUUUUGAGCAAGUUUAGAGGCCUUUUCUCAUGCAGGAACGGCAUGAUAGAGAUCUCACAGAACCUGUCAUGCUAGGCCGUGCAUGCCAGACCGCGUGGGUCAUGGAAAACCUGCAUGACAAGCCUAGCAAUCUUCUACAGAGCCACACAUUUUUGCAUUUGAUAGUCCUGGUUUCCCAACCACUGGGAGAAGCUGGACAUCCACUCGCGCCACGCGCUGAGCCAGUUCGAGGUCGUAUGUCCCUUGGCGCCGUCGGACGCCGUUUCGAUCCAGGCUAUCAACUGUAAAAAUGUCUGGGUCUGGAAGAAUCCAACUUGUCAUGCUGAUUUUGAAUUCUAAAAAAAUAUCAAUAUGUAUUGCAUGAGCAGCAAAGAGAGUCCAAGUUUUGCUGCACGGAAAGAGCAUUUAUCAUGCGGUAUAGGCAUCAGGAAGCCCUCACAAAAUCUGUGAUGUUAGGGCAUGCAUCACAGACAUCAGGAGUCAUGCAAAAUGUGCAUUUUGGCUCAAGUGGAGUUUCGCAAGGAAAGUAGAUAAACACCCGUACGUGGCGGGUCCUCUGUGCCCCUUUACAGUAGUACAAGCUAGAGCAUCGGCGCCCCGAGCGUCCGUGCGAACACUAAAAACGCACAUGGCCUCUCCUCCGACGACAGCCAUCGACUUACCGUCUUGCCCACGCCCAGAAGCACGGUAAAGGACCGCCACGCCGCCAAUGACUGCCGGUGGAUUGGGCAGGUGCCAUGACAAGCAUAGCAUGGACCUCGGCAUAAAGCACAACACGAGCGGAAAAAGGGCGCUUCGUUACUAUCUUCGAUGAGAAGGCUGGUCACCACACGCGGCCCAGCACAAUCCCCAGCAUGAGUGGAGUCGGACGCUUUCGGGAAGACAUCUUCCGCGCAGGGUCCGCGCAUCAGCAGAUGCCGCGUGGCGCAUCACGGGACGCGAGCGUGCGCUGGAGCCACGGCCAUGUGAUGGCGAUCCUCUGGGCGGAGCAAAGUAGUAUAGAGCUAUUUUUUAUUGUGCUUUUUGGUUUCCUCCUCUUAUGUCCUUGCAUGUGAAGUAGCUUCGUUGUGUCUCCUUCUCUCUUUCAUCAUUUGGCCGGUCUGCUACUCUGUUGUUGUGUGCACGGGGGCGGAACAUGUCCGUCCCCGUCGUUGCCUCAAUUAAAUCACAGGUGCCCGCUCUUCCUGUGGACCCUGGAAGAUGAUGUUGUCGCUCGACCAAGAUUCGCCUGCGCUGUCACCGCAUCUCUCCCACCCCCAGAAUCCAGGGCAGACCUGAUAGUCUGUGCGCGUAAAGUCCCUGCUGUGACUCUAGCGGCACCCCUGAUAGAGCGUGUUUGGAUUCUGGGCAUUUGCGCACAGGACUGCGGCCCAGCAACGCAGGCCAGGGCGGGACCAUAGGAGCUUCGCGAGGCGGCGCGGGUACUCCUAAAUGGCUUACGGUAGUGGAGUCGGCGGGCUGCUGGACGUAUCUUGAGUUCCCCGCCCCAGAUGCGUAUGCGAGCGCGCGCGGCAUUUCCAGCUCCCUCGUUCGAGGUAGUAGCCAUGUCUGGGUUCCCCACGAGGACGAGAUACGAGUGGAAGCCAGUGCCGACCAACAUGAACGCGUGGCGACGGAUCCCGCAAACGAGAUGAUGGGUGUUGCUCACCGCCUUCGGUGUUGGCGACGUGUCUGGAUGCUGGAUGUCCUAUGUCCACCCCUCUCGUGGCCGUUCUGGUGCGCCUUCUCAUGUGAGGUCGUUGACAUGGCUUGGUGGGAAAUUCCCGUUGCGCGAGGCUCUUGCCUUGCCCUCUGUCUUCGUCCCCAGUGGUGUUGCGACAGUAGAAGCGUCUGUUGUGGCCGUCGGAGCUUGCUCUGGGUCUUGCGGCUCCUCUUGUCUUCGGUGGAGUACCUGAGUGGCUUCUGCUGCUGCCUCCGUUGACUUUUGGCUGCUGCUUGACUGGCGGUUGGGAACACUUCAGGCGUCUUUGUGCUGUGCUUCGGCCGCGUGGUCCCCAGUUUUCCCCGGGUCCGGAACUCUGGGUUACCUUGGUCGAGUUGGUGUCACUGUCGGUUCACCUAUGUCCCUGCCUUUCUGUUCUUGCCACUGGGAACAGUCUGUGCGUUUCUUUCGUCAGCGGCUUCUUGGCGCUGAAGCUCGUUGACGAUUGUUUCGGGAGGUUCCUUACGGCCCCUGAGGACAUUGCCUCGCUGCCGACCAGGCCGAACUUAGAGGUCGGCUUCGGGAAGGCUACCCGGAGUUGAGUCUGUUUCGGCAGGUCUCUUGUGAAUGCGAGGGCAGUGGUUGGCUGAGGUUGUUGGAGCGUUCCAUAGUGUCGCUCCAGAUCAUUUCUGAUCCUUCUCCAACUUCCUCAUUUCCUGUGUGGUCUAAUGCAGAUUGCAGAUCACAACACAGGGCCACCCUCGUAUCUCACCUCCAGGGGGGGCGCGCGGACCUCGCUUGCCAUUUCGUUUGGUCUCGCGAAAGUUCCAGCUCCCCCGAGCGGUAGUAGGGAAUUUCCAAGAGUGCAAAAUGUGCAUGACAAACCUGGCGAUCUUCCAGACCCAGACACUUUUACAUUCGAUCCAGGAGCAGCUCCCACACAAGGUGGUGCGGCACGUCCCGCACGUCAUCCGCCAUGUUGAACGAGACAAAGCGAGAGCACACGAUAAAGAAGUAGGAUCUCCACGAGAAGAAGAUGGAGAUCUAAAAAAGGCGGCCUUGCGCAAAAAGUUCGGGGUUCCGCCGCGGGCGUUCAUAGUGCUAGUGGUGUUUUCCAACUACGAUCGGCAGCACAACCGCAAGAUGCCGGACAUGAGUCUCGCCGUGUUUCGUGAACUGUACCGGGAGUCCGUGCGAAACGGCACCGCUGUAGAGGAGCGGCCCUUUUUGUACGUCCACGCGCUGAAGCAUCCGGACCUGCAGAAGGAGCAGGGCAGCGAGGGGAUGCCCAUGCACCUCAUUUGGGAUUCGCUACAGCAGGACGGGGAAAUCUUGCCAAUCCGCGUCAACGAGGACGAAAUGCCCUACGCCGACAUUCUGCAGCUCCCGCAGAUGGCGGACGUGUUUCUCCAUCCCGCUGUAUCACGUGGCGUGAAAACUAGAACCUUAGACCAGAUGCUGUCAUGGGCUAUAAUGAACGGAUCUCUGUACCAAAUAUAAAUAAACACCGUUGAAAUUAUCAUUAUGCUAGCACAUACAAAAUCAAUUGCGGAGGCAUUUUCUUAUGCUAAGAAAUAUUCAAUUCCUCGUGCUUGUGACGGUGAGGAUUACACCAGGUUCUUUUUCACUGCAUACGAAAAGGCGGAGGGCUUUGGGCUACCCGUGCUGGAGGCGCAGUUGGGCGGCAUUCCGGUCGUCACCACCGCGUUCGGGGCCAUGCGCGACUACGCGAUGUAUGGGCGCGCAGUACCUCCAAACGGGCCGCUUUUUAUGGAGCUGGGUUUCGCAGCCAUGCCGGAUUUUCAAGGGACCCUCAGCGCGCUGCGGGACUUACACUGGAGCCUCACUUCCAUUCGGAAGGCGUCGGGAGGAAUUGCGGACAGCCAAGGAAGAACUGGGCGGAAGCAAGAAGAGCGGCAGGAAGAAGUGCUAGCUUGCAAAAGCAGGAGGCCCAGGGAAGGUGAAGGGCGGAGUGCGGAAUUGGAUAUUGAAGACGGGCCUCGGAGUCUCGCUGCGCCACGCGCUGCAUCAAGGCGGGAGGUCCAGGUGGAUAGUUUAGGCCUCGUGGUCGAUGGCGGUGGUGAAGGGAACAGAACUAGUGCGGAGAGCCACGACGCCCGCUCGAUUGUUCAGCGGCUGCGAUGUGAACUCGAAGAGCAAAGGGAGCGUGCGCAAGCAUACAUUGCCGCCAACAUGUCCGCUGCCAGUGUGGGAGACGCGUUCCACAGUUAUGAAUUGUAGAAAGGAAAUCUUCCUCACGAGGAGACGAUUCAAGUGCAGGAGGUUAGUGAAUGCAUGCAACUCGAAGUCAAGCGACAUUUCUUUUUGCUGCACGAUGUCACUGCGUUCAUCUUCUCCAUUCUAUAUGAAUCUUCUAUCAUCGGAGCGGUUUGUAUAGCAUUGAAAGCACGAAAGGCUUGUAGGCGGAAAAACGAUGAAUGACAACGAUGAGGCUCCUCUCCUUUUUUCAAAAAUAUUUCACUACGUCGUGGUACGAAAGCAAAGUACAAGUACUCGUGAACAUACUUGACUCAAUUUCUGCAGUAGCAGGGGGAAGAUUCAGUUUUUCUUUCACAGCGUCGUAUUCGCGUCCGUCCGGAAGCCCGCCUACGUAUCACACAGAAAAAAGCUGGCAGGGCAUAUUUGUAAUGCAAAAAUAAAUACGCAAAAAAAUCUGUCAUGGGUGGCCCCUUAGCAUGCUGUUUCGGAUAUGCAACACAGAUCUUUUUGUGUAUUUAUUUUUGCAUUACAAAUGUGACCUGCCAGCUUUUUUCUGUGUGAUACUACGAGACAACGUUUCGCGUGUUUUCGUACGCCGAAAAGGUCCCCAAGAACCCGCCGGAAACGUCGCGGAAGGUGAAGUUUUUUGCUAAGAGCAUGAAAUCUUUUUUCCCAUUCCCAAUGUGAAGGUGAUACUUGGUUGUACAACCUAUAUGCUGGUCCUUUCCGUCGCUGCGCCGGUUUUUACACCUUGCCUGCGGUGCUUGCCUGGGAAAGAAGACGUUUUUAGACAGAGUUGAGGCCAACGCAUGGUAAGUCUUCAGCGUUGUAACCAAAGAGAACGAGACCUCAAAGAGGCUUGUUUUCGGGGAAGGUAAACUUGUAAAUGCAGAAAACAAAAGCUUUCUUGUUCAUACCAAUCUUCGUCUCGCCAAAUUUCGUCAUUGACCGUGACAAAGUAAAUUACGUAAUCAAGAAUUACGUGAUCAACAAGACUGACCACAAUGCGACCACCUCGGAGCUGGCGGUGACAAACAGGAGCACCACGCAAAGCAAAAUUGAUGGGGAAAAUGCAACGCAGCUGGUCGCGACAUCGCAAAACCUAACGUCUUCUAGUGCCGAUGCCGAAGGGCCCUUAUGCAAUAUCGCACCGACCCGGCCUUGCGCUAGCGCUUCGCCCUACCGUUGUCUUUCUGCUGCUUUCCAUGAUUUGGUUCAUUUUUUUUUUUGCAUUCUGUUUCUUUUCAUUGUCUUUCUAUGUCUUCUAUCCGCGGUUGUUGUGCCGGGGAGAAGUGUGCGCAUCGAACUGCUCUUGUAAUGAAGACCAGCAGAAAAAAAGAAAAACGGAUGCCACGUCCCACGUUGCUGUGGUGCUAGUUUUCGUAGUUGUCAUGUACUUACCUGAUUUUUUGUAUGAGUACAAUCUGACGGAGCAGCAGCAGCCGGCGUCACAGCGGUGGUGGCGGCGCCAGGUGGUCCGUGUUUGCACUUGCAUUCUGCACGCUGUGGGUGGGAUCACAUUACGAGCUAUCGGGUGGGGAGAUGCCACGGUUUUCUUUCGGGAAGGGUGUUGUGCAGAAGAAGGCCGGCUCUCGGGUGCUCGGGAUCCUGGACGGCGGUGGAGCGUCGGGAGAGAUGCCGACUCUGAUCAUGCGCCGCAAGGUGUGGAGAAAAGUCUGGAAGCCGGAUGUUCCUGCGGUGCAGAUCUUUCAAAAAAUGCACGCAAUUAGCCGGGAUUUCCGCUACGCCGGCGUGGUCGGUGUACGGCGUCCCAUAUGCGAAGAAAAAAGUGUUACAAUUACGCAUUGAUGUUUUGCGGAACAAGCAAGACAGACCACAACCUUUGUCAUGCCACAAAUGCUUUCGGCUCUCGUUUCGUAACUGUUUUCCUUUGUGAUCGCUGCGUUGAAGAUGUAGAGCAGCUUAAGGUAGUGGAACUGUAACACUUUUUUGUUGGGAUAUCCCACACAACAGUGGGGUCAGGGAGAUUACGCCCUUCCGGGCGUGAAACGGUGAAGCGAUUUCCUGUCCGAUUGCGAAGAGCAAUUUUUCUAUCUGCAUCUUUGUAUGUUUUAUUGCAAGUGCAAAGAAAUGGAAUUUCCAUUUCGACGAAACUGAAUCACAAAAUGCCAUGAUAUGUUUCUUCACCUCCGGCUCCGUCCUUCUGCGCCCAAGUUUCGACUCUCAAGUUAAUUCGUUUUUUUUUUUGGAUUCCUUGUUUAUGUUUUAUUCUCGAAAUUUGUUCACAACGCCACUGUGCGCCACGUGGUUUUCGAGGUGAGUCAGAGCGUGUGACGGAUAUAAAACUGCGCCCAUGAAGAUACCUCGAAGAUGACGCUUCCAUUUUGCGACGAAAAAUUAUUUGAAUCGAUAAAGUCAGCAGUAAAAAGUCCGACGAAAAAAUCUGAUGCCAGCGUCGAAACGCUCCGGAGAC